AAAACAGGUUGCUUGUGAAUUUAGACGAAACCCGUCAAUUUACAAGCUGAACUCGGCGACUCAGCUGAACUUUUUACAUAGAAAGAAAUAUUAAAAUUUGACCCUUUCUUUUUGGUUCCUUCUAUUUCAGUCAUGGAUUUCAAUGAAAGCUAUACUCAAAACUCCAGACGAGGAAUCCAUAAACCCCAGCCAAACUACCUGUAAAGACAUUGUGUUGAGGAGCUGAAAAAUACUCGAUUCGCAAUUUUCCUCCAUAAUUUUCCCUCGAGCGAAACGCUGGUUUCGUGAAAAUUGGGCAACAAUCGGAUUAUAUAUUAGUAUAAUGCAUAGAUCUGGUGCGGCGGUCAUGGCGUGGAACGUGUUCAAGUUCUGCACGGCCCUGAGAGGGCUUGGGUCCAUCAUGAUACUGUUGGUCCUCGGCGUCGUCGGCGUCAGCUACUACGCCGUGGUGAUUACGAAUUACGGACCGGGGCUUGCCGCCGGCGGCCUCGAUUUGCUCGUCGCAUUCGUCGUUUUGAUCUUGUUUCACGGUCUGUUGGUGAUGCUAUUAUGGAGCUAUUUUUCGGUUGUAUUUACUGAUCCAGGCAGUGUGCCUCCAAACUGGCGACCAGCAGUAGAUGAAGAAAGAGGAGAUAGUGAUCUAUUGACUGCUACAGAAUUUCCAACCGACUCGGAGAAUAUUAGAGUCCGUUAUUGUAGGAAAUGCAACCAGUUGAAGCCACCACGAUGCCAUCAUUGCUCUGUUUGUGGAAGGUGCAUACUGAAGAUGGACCAUCAUUGUGUUUGGGUUGUCAAUUGUGUUGGGGCAUUGAACUACAAGUAUUUCCUUCUCUUCCUGUUCUACACAUUCCUUGAAACCAGUCUCGUUACUUUAUCCUUACUGCCUCAGUUCAUUGCCUUCUUUAGUGAUGGCGAGAUCCCUGGAACUCCAGGAAGUCUAGCAACAACUUUUCUUGCUUUUGUAUUAAAUUUGGCAUUUGCUUUGAGUGUAAUGGGAUUCCUGAUUAUGCACAUAACAUUGGUGUCUGCCAAUACCACGACCAUUGAGGCUUAUGAGAAGAAGACUACUCCAAAAUGGCGUUAUGAUCUCGGACGAAAGAGAAACUUUGAGCAGGUCUUUGGGAUGGACAGAAAGUAUUGGUUCUUACCGGCCUACACAGAAGAAGACGCACGGCGGAUUCCCGCUCUUCAGGGUCUUGAAUAUCCUUCAAAACCGGACUUGGACUCGGAAGAACUAUGAGAUUGAUCAUCAUACAACUAACUAUUAUUACCCACAAAUUUUUGUUCAAGAAUGAUGACGUGUACUCUAUCAGCAUUCAUCAACUUCGUCAUCUAAACUGAAAAUUUGCACCGGAAAUUUUUGGGCAGACAAAUUGGUGGACUUGUGGCUGACCGGAACAUGUCUUGGCAGAUGGUGGUCGAAGGUUUUAGGUAAGCUCCCUUUUUUUACCAUAUACAGAAUGAGGGCCAAACGUGUGAGCUCCCUUUGUUAGAAAUGUAGAUUGAUAUUUUAGUAUUUUUUUUUUUCUCUUUUGGUUAAUAAAAAGUAAUGGUGUAUUUAUAGUGAUUUGAUUGCUUAUUCUCUGAUUUUUUGCUUUGUUUUAUCCUUUAGUGUUGAGAAGAAGGGUUGCUCUCUUUACUCAUUUGCUGUAGUGGGUAAAAGAUGUAAUUAGGUGUUGAAUAAUAAUGUAAGCACAUCUUGGCGUGUCAUGGAUUUUUAAAAUCUUUAAUUACCUGUUGUAAAAUUAUUAAAUAGAAUUUCCCAAAAUUUUGUAGGAUUUGUAUACCUUCAUAAGUUAUAUAAUCUAUGCUCGUGUUGGGGCUCUGCCACGGAGCCGUAUUCGAUCUCUGGUCUCCGGGGAACUUGUCAGGUUGUGGCCGACAAAUUGACUAAUUGUUUGACUGUGAAAUUUGAAAACAAUAAAUU